GCUUUGGAGCCUGUCCUGGAACUCACGAAAAAAAUUAAAUCUUAACUUGGUGGAGUAUUUGUCCUAACAAUGGCUGGAGCCCCAGCACCGCAUAAAAGCAGGAGUGAGGAAGACGUUUGAAUUUAAGGAUUGGUGUAGGUCGGGGUCUCUGGAACAAGGAAGAACCGCACCGGGACAUCGUCACGGAGCCGGUGACAGCUGAGGACCGAACCAUUUAAGGCCGCCGCGGCGUCCUCCGCGAGGGGGUGGCAACUAAGAACAGCCGCUUCCGAGCCUCGGAGGUGUCUAGGCCUGCGGGGCACUCGUAGAUUCCGCUCUUUCCCGGGUGACGCACUUCCGCGCCGCCGCCACAGUUGACGCGGGUUCGAGUCCCCGCUUCGACCGCCAUGGCGGGCGCGGAACCGGAGCCCGGGAAUGGCGGCCGCAGUGGCUCGGUUCCUCCCGGUCAGAGCCACAGCGCCGUGCGCGUGGCCCCGCUGGACCCCGAGCAGCUGCGGCGGGUCCUGGAGCAGGUGACUCGGGCGCAGCCACCGCCCUUCGUGCUGCAGGACGCGGCGCAGCGGCUCCGGGACGCGGCCCAGCAGGCCGCCCUGCAGCGGGGACCGGGCGCCAGGGCCCCGCGCCUGCUGCCGCCCCAGCAACUUGAAGCCAUUUGUGUCAAAGUGACAUCUGGUGACACAAAAAGUAAGGAAAGGCCAAUGCCCCCUCUGGCCACCAUCCAACCUAAAACAGCAAGACAAAGUGAGCCACCUAGGAGCAGCUCCAGCCUGGGGCUCUGUGUCUCGGGCCCUCAGCUGCUCAGGGUGCAGGCCCUGGGGAGGGCUGGCUCACAGCUGUGCUUCCUCAGAAGGUCCCCUCAGCCCCCUGCUCCUCGGGGGCUUGGACAGAAGCCACUGCCAGCCCUUCAGCCAGUCCCUUCAAGGAGAGUCAAGGCCCCUCAGGCUGCAAAUGGGCUUGGGGUCACUCUGAACCCUUUGGCAGCCUCUGGGCCGCCUGCAGUGGGCCCUGUGUCAUCCAGCUCAGCGUGUCUGUUCAUUCCCGCCUGGCAUACAGUGCACACCGAAAAACUGAAGACAUCUUUAAAGGUGAAGACACGGUCUGGACGGAUAUCCCGGCCUCCCAAAUAUAAAGCCAGAGAUUACAAAUUCAUCAAAACAGAGGACUUAGCAGAUGGGCACCUUUCAGAUUCCGACGACUACUCGGAGCUGAGCGUGGACGAGGAGGAAGAGGGGACUGAGAGGCGGGGCCUCUUCCACACUGAGGGCUGUGCCCUGAGGCCCAAGGCCUUUAAGUGUCAGACUUGUGAAAAGUCAUACAUAGGAAAGGGGGGACUGGCAAGGCAUUUUAAACUCAAUCCAGGCCAUGGCCACCUGGAGCCUGAGGUGUUGCUGUCGGAGAAAGCUAAUGGGAGCCUGACCCUGGGGUGCGCCGCCUCAGAGACCAGAGGCCUGGCUUCCCCGGCGCUGUCCACACCAGCUGCCCUCUGUACGGGAGCGGCAGAGCCAGCCUGGCGAACCUCGCAGAAUGGUCAGCCUGCUGAAGUUGAAGAGACAGUGGUACCUGAACCAGAAAGUAGAAGUCCCCCGGCUCUCCUGAGACCAGAGAAAUACCUAGACCCUAAGAAUGGAAGUUGGGCAAGCCAGGCAGAGUUCAGCACAGCCAGCCUCCCGCAGAGCAGAGCUGUGCUGCCAAACAGCCACCCUGCUGCACCUUCAAGGCUGAGCGUCUCCAGGGGAGCACAGCUCCAGGAGGCUCUCCAGCAGUGUGGCCGGGAGGAGCUGGUGGAAUUGGUUCUGCCUCAGCUGGCUCAGGUGGUGACCCUGUGCGAACUUCUUGUGGUGAAGGUUGAGAGAAGUCGUGGAGCGAAGCCUUUCUUUCCGGCCGUGUACAAGGAGUUUGAAGAGUUGUAUGGCGUGGUGAAGAGACUGUGUCAGGAUUACCUCAGGAGCUCUGGCCUGCAUUCUCAGGAGCCCCUGGAGAUAAACAACGAUGAGGUUGCCAGGUCGUUAGGAAUCACAGAAUUCCUGAGGAGGAAAGAGACGCACCCAAGCAGUGCGCCUGAGUGCUCCUGCCAGGAGAUGGAGGAGAAGCUGCAGGAGGCCAGUGGACAUAAGAGGGAGCGGGCGUGGGCUGUGGUGGUCACAGGGGAGGGGCUGGCCUCAGUGAAGAAGGCUCGGACAGCAGAUGUCCCCGAGUGUCCUGCUGCCAUCAGUGGAUGCCAGCAGAAGCCUGGGUCCUCAAGCGCCCCAGCCACCAGCAAGGGUUCUGCCCGUGCAGUCAUUGAGAACCCUUCUCCCUGCUAUGAAGGAAGCCGUGGGGAGAUGGUUACCGCAAGUGGCAGACGUGUAUCGUCUGCAGGCCCGCAGCUCUUGGUGAUGGCAUCUGCAGACUUUGAAGCCAGGAGUGGCUCUACAGACCCUGAUCUUCUGUGUCAGGAUGUCAGUAGGUCAGCUCUUUAUUCCCAGGUAGCAGAGCCCAGAGGGCUGUCCCCAGCCCAGAUGCCAGGGUUUUCUGAAGAGAAUGUUCCAGAACACUCUGUAGAGCAGAAUUCUGGGGCCGUCCAAAGAAGCACUGGUGUCUGUGGUACCCCAUCAUCAGGGGGAGGAGUGGAGUCCCUGCUUCUUGGAGAAUGGGGAAAUGCAGAGGCGGGAGACAUCAGAGAAAUGAGCCAGCCCCACCUCAGAGGGCAGCAGGCCAGCCCCCGCCACGCCCUGCCUGAAGAGGCUGCAGCCUUUCCACUCCACAGCAUCUUGCCUGUGACUGUCCCGCCAGCUGCUGGAGCUUCCAAGACUGUGCGGGAGCCAGGCCAGCACCCUGUACCAGAUGGAGCAUCGUCCGCUAAGGGGCACCCCAUUGUGGGAAGCGAAGCUGGGGAUGUCAGCCAGCUCCUCCCCAGGAUGGAGGCAGAUGGCCAGAGAGAGCCCGAGACUGUGGCUGCUGUGGGGGAAGCCCUGGCUUCGGAAAUUUCCGACAUGUGCCAGGAAGUGUUGUCUCAGGGACAAGAGCAGAUUCUUAUUCGGACACCCAGUGGGCUUAUUUUGUCAAAUCCAAGAGCCAUCGUGUCUCAGGAAGAGAACACUGUCAUAGUGACUAACACAGGGGGUUCUCUCUUGAGGUUUGACCCACCAGAAGGGGUUGCUCUUGAAGCCAUGGAGGCCUUCCACACUGUGGAAACAGAGGCCUCUCAGUGACCAGGAGUCGUGUGUGUGUGUGUGUGUGUGUGUGUAAGCAUAGGGUGUUGUUUUUUGAGGUAGGGUCUUGAACUUGAUAUCUAACCGAGACUGACCUUGAACUCCUAAUCUUUCUGCCUCCUCUUCCUGAGUGGUAGGGUGACAGGGAUGUCUCACCAUGCAGAACUUUGAACUUACAUUUGUAUGGAUUUUACCCAUGGAAGAUCUAUUUCAGGCAGUAUGUGUUUUUCUAAUGUGAGUACUGACACAAAGGAGCCCGUUAUUUAUAGAGAAUGAUGUCUGCUCUAUUAUCUCUUUUUCCAAAGAGCUCAUCACAACAAUGGUACAUGUAUAUCCUUGUUGUCUGUUUCUGGAAGCAGGGCUUGGCACAGCCCAGGCUGGCUUUGAACUCACGAUCCUUCUGCCUCAGCCCAAGGCUGGGGUUACAGGUCUGUUCCCAUGGCAGAUGUAGACAGCGUGUACACAGCGAUAUGGUUUCUGGCCAUUGCAGCUGAUACCAUUCCGCUCUCACUUACCAGCCUUGCACCGAAUCAUGUCCUCACUUCUCUCCAGUGAUGUCCCUGCACUUCUGGAUUCAGUUAGAAAACUUCAGAAGCCAGCAUUCUAUUUGCUUCCUUAGUGUCCAUGGGGAUUGAACCCAGAGCCUUGAAACUGCCAGUCCAGCUCCAUCACUGAGUUUCAUCCUUACGAAGCAGUCCGAGCCUGCUUCAAGUCUGCGGCCUCCCGUGUUAGCAUCUCCAGAAGCUGCAAUGGUCUGGACAGUCAGGUUUUUUGUUUUGUUUUGUUUUUUGAGAAGGGUCUCACUAUGUAGCUCUGGCUGUCCUGGAACUCACUACCUAGACUGGGCUGGCUCUGCCCCUGCGUGCUGAGCAUGUGCCACCACGCCCGGCUUCCUUCCAUCUUCAUGUAGAUUCCAGGGAUGGAACUCAGUUGCUGGACUUACGUAGCAGGCUCCUUUACCCACUCACCCAUCUCGCCAGCCCUCCACUCAGGGUUUAUGUUCACCUUUUUUUUCUUCCCUCUAAGACUGGGUCUUGCUAUGUAGUUCAGAUUGGCCUUGAAUUAAGGAUCCUCCCGCCUCGGUUUCUGCGGUGUUGGAAUGGUAACCUCUAUUUACUUGGGUUUUCUCAAUGAGGAAAAGGCUUUUGUGAUAGGAUGCUUUAUGGGGGUCUACAGAAACCUGGAGCUCAUUGAAAACCCUGGUACUUUGAUGUCCAAGCUGUAAAGUAACUUCUCAGGGUUCCUUUGUAUAUUUUUUAUUUUUAAAUUUAAAUUAGAAACAAGGUUGCUUCACAUGUCAA